CUGAACUUUAACUUUUCCAAGAAGAAAUCCUUCUCUGUAACGUCCGGCGAUCGGUGACUCUUCUGUCCGGCAAGUAAAUUGUAUCACCUUAGUUCUUGAAGCGAGUUUCUGUUGUAAUUGAACAUUAAAAAAAUCCAAACAUGGCGACUGAGCAAUCCGUUCUGGCGGUGAUAAGGGCUUCACGACCUAAGUUUCGGAACUCUGCUGAUAAAAUUGCAUUUGCUAUACACUCGAUCUUCCUGGCAAGUGGCUACAAUCUUAACGCUACCGGUCCCCCGGCAUUUACCGACGACGCUCUUGCCGCUACUGUUUCUGAUGAAGCAGAGAUUGAGGGGUGGAAUGAAGUUGAAGACAAUUAUGCUUUUGUUUACUCGAGCCCUGAAGUGGCUUCCAAGAAAGUGCUUGUUAAGUGCCUUACCAUGAACAACCAGUUGCUUGUGGACGCUUUAGCUGCAGGUUCAUCCAAUCCCGCUCAUGUCGAGAUCAAAAUUGAUGAUUUCAUUGGUGAAAGUGAUGACACCAAAUACAGUUCACAGUAUAAAAACUUGGGUAAUCUCGUGAAUUGCAUCAACAAAGAUGUCAUUUCCAAAUUGAAAGGUUCUUCAACAGCAAGCACAUCCAAUGCAACCUCAAGUUCUAAGCAAAGCAUUCAAGACAAUGAUAACGAUCAACCUAGAACUGGACCUUUUGGACUUCAAGAUCCUUAUCAUCCUUCAGGGGUAGUUAUGCCUCCUGUUUAUCCUAGCAUUGGUGGGGGUGAUCUUUAUCCACAACCCGGUGCAGGAAUGUACCCUACAAGGGGUGGUUUUGGAGAUGGUGGAAUGCUUGUUGGGCCAAAUGAUCCAAGAUUUUUUGGUGGUAUUGGUGGAGGACGAAUGGGUUUCCCAGGAGGACAACCUGGUGUGCCACCUGGCGCACGGUUUGAUCCAUUUGGUCCACCAGAUGUUCCUGGGUUUGAGCCAAAUCGAUUCGCUAGGAACCCACGUAGGCCACCAGGUGGGACCCAUCCAGAUUUGGAGCACUUUGGGAAUGAUUCAGAUUUCAUAUAAAAGGGAAUAUGAUCUUGGAAGGGUUUUUAUCGUCUUUUCAUGGGUUUCUAGAUGGUUAUGGUACAUGAAGAUGGUUUAUAAAUUUUAAUUUUAAUUUUUUUUUUUUUUUUUGCAAUGUCUUUGUUCCCUUUGGUAUAUACGUGCUUUGUAACGAAGUGGAAAUCCCUUGUUUAUGCAACAGAACCAUAGUUUGUUUGUU